CACCGACUUGCAUGAUCCGCUUUAAGUUUUAAAAGUCCGCCGUUGGAGCAGCUCGCAGUGGACGCAGACAGGAGUGGGCAUGGCGAGCGGCGGCGGGCAGAAAGUGGUGCUGAUCACCGGCUGCUCCUCUGGGAUCGGACUGCGGAUCGCCGUGCUGCUGGCCAGAGACGAGCAGAAGCGCUACCAUGUGAUUGCCACUAUGAGAGACCUGAAGAAGAAGGACCGUCUGGUGGAGGCAGCGGGUGAAGUGUAUGGUCAGACCCUGACUCUGCUGCCUCUGGACAUCUGCAGCGAUGAAUCGGUCAGGCAGUGUGUCAACAGUGUAAAGGACAGACACAUCGACGUACUCAUCAAUAACGCCGGCGUGGGUUUGCUGGGCCCUGUGGAGAGCAUCAGCAUGGACGAGAUGAAGCGAGUGUUUGAAACCAACUUUUUCGGCACUGUGCGCAUGAUAAAAGAGGUCAUGCCGGACAUGAAGAAGCGCCAAGCGGGACACAUUAUCGUCAUGAGCAGCGUCAUGGGCCUGCAGGGUGUGGUGUUCAAUGACGUCUACACCGCCUCAAAGUUUGCCAUAGAGGGCUUCUGCGAGAGCAUGGCUGUUCAGCUGCUCAAGUUUAAUGUCAAAUUGUCUCUGAUAGAGCCAGGCCCGGUGCACACAGAGUUUGAAACCAAGAUGAUGGAAGAAGUAGCCAAGAUGGAGUAUCCUGGAGCAGAUCCAGACACAGUCAGAUACUUCAAGGAUGUGUACGUCCCGUCAUCCAUUGACAUCUUUGAGGCAAUGGGACAAACACCAGAUGACAUUGCUAAAUGCACCAAGAAAGUGAUUGAAACCAGCCAGCCAAGAUUCCGCAACCUGACCAACAGCCUCUACACGCCUAUUGUAGCAAUGAAAUAUGCGGAUGAAACUGGAGGUCUGUCAGUGCAAACCUUCUACAACCUGCUCUUUAACUUCGGCUCACUGAUGCACAUAUCCAUGAGCAUCCUCAAAUGCCUGACAUGCAACUGCCUGCGCAGACGCACCAUAUCUCCAGACUGAAGAGGGCAGCAGCGAGUCAAAUUUCCCUCAGUUAAAUCAGGACUCUACAAACGGGAGAACGCAAAACCUCAACAGAGUUUUCCACCAUUAACACACAAUAUCUCUUUUCAGAAGGACAGCGUGCAUGUAUUGUGUUAGUGUGAAUGCCGCUGUUCAUCUAAACAUCUCAGUUACUGUAAAACCAGUAGGCUGGUUAAGUUAUUAUCAUGAUGAAGUAUUUUACAUGUGCUUAACAAUGAUAAAUGGAAUCAAACAGUGCAAAAUGACAGACCAGUUCAAAAGCUAAUUGUGAUGCUUAUGAUGUUCAUGAUUUAAGUGAGAAGUAAUCACAUAGCUGCCUUUUUUGUACUAAUGAUUCACAUUGGAAUGCAUCUGAUGUUUUAUUUGGUUAUUUUGUUUUUCUUUUUAAGUCUUUUUUUAAUAUUAACUUGAACAUUUUAGGUGGUCUCGAAGCUCUAUUUAAAGAAGUGUUGAUUCGGAAACUGAAUAACUCAUGCGAUCAAUUUGCUGAAGCCUGGGUGUGUAUUAAAGUAUAGUUUGACAUU